AUGAGUGCCUCGAAAUCAAAGUCAAAGACAACAACUGGUGCCAGGGGACCAAGAGACCUCAUGGUGGAACAAUACAUAGUCAUUUGGGUGGAUCACAACAUUAAUCAAAAUAAUGAAGAUUGUAAAAAUACAUUGACAAAACUACGCGGCAUUGUCAAUGAAGUAAAUCAAUGCAUCUCGACUGAUCAAUGUAUCGAAGAACUUCAAAAAAACAAUGGAGAAACAACAUUUGUUAUCUCAUCUGGUGCAAUAGGACAACAUCUUGUACCGAAAAUUCAUGACCAACCAAAAUUAAAUGCGAUUUACAUAUUCUGUGGUGAUAAAGCCCGACAUCAAGCAUGGGCACAAAAUUGGAGUAAAAUAAAAGGUGUCCACACAUCAAUCAUACCGAUUUGUGAAGCAUUAAAAUUAGCUGUCAAACAAUGUAAUCAAAGUAAUAUUUCAUUUAGUAUCAUCGGAGUGAAUGAAGGAGGUUCCAGUGAAGAUCUUAAUCGACUAGAACCCAAUUUUAUGUACACCCAAAUAUUCAAGGAAAUUCUCCUUGAAAUGGAACAUGAUCAGAAGGCCAUCAAUGAUUUAGUCACAUAUUGUCGAGGCAAAUAUGAAGACAAUUCCGAGGAGUUAAAAAUUAUUAAUGAAUUUCAAACUAAAUAUAAAUCAUCACAAGCCAUAUUGUGGUACACAUGGGAGUGUUUCACUUACAAGAUGAUCAAUUGCGCAUUACGUAAACUUGAUGGUGAUAUUAUUAUUCGAAUGGGCUUCUUUCUCUGCGAUGUCCAUCGACAAAUUGAAGCAUUAUACAAGAAGCAAAUCAGUUCAUAUCAAGGAAAAGUAUUUCAGGCUUAUCGAGGACAAGGUAUGUCCAAAGAAAAUUUUGAAGAACUC